AGAGGGAGGACAGGCAUGCAGAAGGCUCUGUGUGCAGCCCCAGACCUGGGUACCUUCGUCACCAUCCUCAUCCCGCCUCUGGGUGUGCAGAUAGGGAGCAGGUCUCCUGUGUUAUGGCCCAAGCAGGGCUGUCAGGACACUGAGAACAUUCCCUCCUCCCGCAGGAGAGAGAGGUCCAAGGUGCCCUACAUCAGGUGCCAGGGUGUGGAGGAGAUCAAGCACCGAGGGAUGGAGGAGGUGGGCAUCUACCACGUGUCUGGAGUGGCCGCAGACAUCCAGGCACUGAAGGCAGCCUUCAACGUCAAUAACAAGGACGUGUCGGUGAUGAUGAGCGAGAUGGACGUGAACGCCAUUGCAGGCACGCUGAAGCUGUACUUCCGUGAGCUGCCCGAGCCCCUCUUCACUGAUGAGUUCUACCCCAACUUCGCAGAGGGCAUCGCUCUUUCAGACCCAGUUGCAAAGAAGAGCUGCAUGCUCAAUGUGCUGCUGUCCCUGCCGGAGGCCAACCUGCUCACCUUCCUUUUCCUUCUAGACCACCUGGAAAGGGUGGCAGAGAAGGAGGCAGUCAAUAAGAUGUCCCUGCACAACCUCGCCACUGUCUUUGGCCCCACGCUGCUCUGGCCCUCCGAGAAGGAGAGCAAGCUCCCUGCCAACCCCAGCCAGCCCAUCACCAUGACCGACAGCUGGUCCUUGGAGGUCAUGUCCCAGGUCCAGGUGCUGCUGUACUUCCUGCGGCUGGAGGCCAUCCCUGCCCCGGAUAGCAAGAGACAGAGUAUCCUGUUCUCCACCGAUGUCUAA